GGCCUCCGCAGGCUGCCCCAGGUGAAGGUGCUCCCGGGCUCCGGCGGCCGUCUAGGGACCUCAUCACGGGCCGCAGUCCCGACUCUUGCUCCCCGAUCCAGCGCCCGUUCCUGUCCCGGGGACGCCGCCGGAUCUUCUCCCGAGACCUUUUUCUCCGGCUUGUUUUCUUCCCCUGCUUUCCCCGGUUCCCACCUCCCUAUCCCGCGUUCGCCUCCUCUGCUCCCGCGGCCCGGGGAGCCUGCCGUCCCUAGCAUCCCACCUGCCACCUCCCUGCUUCUGCUGCUCUUUAAUCUUACAUCCCCUGGCCAUCAGGGCCCUAUCAUAACGUCUCGCCAGGCUUCUCCCAAACUCGUCUUUCUCCCCCUUUUGCCAGCUGCUAACUCUGAAUUCCAGCCAACCCUUGACGCCUUGACAUUUGACCCUGACUAGAUUCUGGGACCUCUCAGUUCCCACCUCCCGCAGCCUAGACGGCAGGUACCUGGGUCUUGCCCUACCUUCGCACCUCUCUUUCUAAGGCUACUGCUGCCCUACCCGCCCGUGCCAUGGACUUCCUGAUGAGUGGUCUGGCAGCCUGUGGGGCCUGCGUGUUCACCAAUCCCCUGGAGGUGGUGAAGACCAGGAUGCAGCUCCAAGGAGAACUGCAGGCCCCCGGCACCUACAAGCGGCACUACCGAAAUGUCUUCCAUGCCUUCUUCACCAUUGGCAAGGUGGACGGGCUGGCUGCGCUGCAGAAGGGCCUGGCCCCUGCCCUCCUGUACCAGUUCCUGAUGAAUGGCAUCCGACUGGGCACCUACGGGCUGGCGGAGGCUAGGGGCUACCUGCACACGGCGGAAGGCGUGCUCAGUCCUCCGCGCAGCGCGGCAGCUGGGGCCCUGGCUGGGGUCAUGGGCGCCUACCUGGGGAGUCCCAUCUACAUGGUGAAGACGCAUCUGCAAGCACAGGCAGCCUCUGAAAUCGCUGUGGGUCACCAGUACAAGCACCAGGGCAUGUUUCAGGCGCUAACCGAGAUUGGCCAGAAACAUGGCCUGGUGGGGUUGUGGCGUGGGGCCCUGGGCGGCCUGCCUCGAGUUGUUGUCGGCUCUUCCACCCAGCUGUGCACCUUCUCAUCCACCAAGGACCUCAUGAGCCAGUGGGAGAUCUUUCCUCCCCAGAGUUGGAAGGUGGCUCUGGCAGCUGCCAUGGUGAGUGGCAUCGCAGUGGUCCUGGCCAUGACACCCUUCGAUGUGGCCUGCACGAGGCUCUACAACCAGCCCACAGAUGCCCACGGCAAGGGCCUCAUGUACCGGGGGAUCCUGGACGCUCUGCUGCAGACAGCUCGGACAGAGGGCAUUUUUGGCAUGUACAAGGGUAUAGGUGCCUCCUACUUCCGCCUUGGCCCCCACACCAUCCUCUCCCUCUUCUUCUGGGACCAGCUGCGCUCCCUCUACCACACGUACACUAAGUGACAGCCCUCUCCCACACUCCACCAAGUCGGCACUCCUUGGACACUUCUGCCUCCACACCUGUGACCAGGUGACCUUUCAUCCGUCCGCAGGGGGACAGCCAGCCCCGCUCCCCGUCUGUUCUCUCAGGGUUCAAUCACCACUACUCCUAGGGACAGCCCCCCUCCUUGUUGCUUCACGCCUUCCCUCCCCAUCCCCCUGAACUUCAACUUGACACCCCUGUCUCAGGGCCGAACGGUCACUCCAGAAUGUCUCUCUCCCUUUCCACUGCCAGCCUUGGGUUCCUCCUGCUCCUCUGCACAGCUUUAAACUCCCCCCCUCCCAAGACCAAAGGGAAUUGGGGGGACCCAGGUGUCCUGUUCACUUCAAAACCACAGAUUAUAUUGGUUAUAAAGCAAGUUUAUUUCU